AUGACCUCGCCCACCAAUGACGCAGCGCGUCCGUCCUUCAACAAUGCGGAUCAGCCGGAUUCCCAACACCAAUUGCUGCAGCACGACUCGACUCUGACGGUAGCACAGUCCGUCUCCCUCACCUUGGGGAGCGACUCUCUUCUCGUCGCCGCAACCAAGGAUACCCUUGCCAUCUCGUUCUAUAAUAUACUAGACGCCGACAUCUCCCCGGCCGGCUUGACCAUCACCUAUGCGGAGCAUGCAAUCAAAGAGGACGUCUCCGUGACUGCGCUUCAGUACCCGAUCGCCGAGGAGGAAAAGGCAAAUGUCGAAGCCUGGAUCGCCCGAUUGCUGGACCUGGCAUAUGGAAAUGCGCAACGAUACAAGAGGCUCAAGGUUCUCGUCAAUCCCUUCGGAGGCAAAGGAGGCGCCGUGAAAUUGUAUCAGAAUCAUGCGGCUUCCAUCUUUGCCGCGGCCCGCUGCAAGGUGGAUGUUCAGGAAACGACGCACUCGGGCCACGCCGGCGAGAUCUCAGAGAAUAUCGACAUUGAUGCCUUCGAUGCGAUCGUCUGUUGUUCCGGUGAUGGUCUUCCAUACGAGGUCUUCAAUGGUUUGGCAAAGAAGCCAAAUGCCGGCGAGGCCCUGAACAAGGUGGCUGUUGCAUUGAUACCGUGUGGCUCGGGAAAUGCAAUGACCUGGAACCUCUGCGGAACGGGCAGCGUGUCUGUGGCGGCAUUGGCCAUCGUCAAGGGAUUGCGAACACCGAUGGACCUUACCUCAAUCACACAAGGACAUAAUCGCAUUCUGUCGUUCCUGUCGCAGUCUUUCGGCAUCAUCGCCGAGUGUGACCUGGGAACCGACAACAUUCGAUGGAUGGGCGCUCAUCGAUUUACGUACGGCUUCCUUGUCCGGGUCGUGAAGAGCACCGUUUGGCCGUGCGAUCUUGCCGUCAAAGUGGAAAUCGAUGACAAAAAGGCCAUCAAGGACCACUACAACACAUACGCGAAUAGUGUCCCUCCACUCCGAUCCCCUGAAGAGACUGCUGGACGGUCCGGGGGCCUUCCCGACCUGAAGUACGGCACUGUACAGGAUGAUCUCCCUGAAGAUUGGGAGGUAAUUCCGUCCGAGACGCUAGGCAACUUCUACGCAGGGAAUAUGGCUAUCAUGUCUAAAGACACUAACUUCUUCCCGGCCUCGUUGCCCAAUGAUGGAUUGAUGGACAUUGUUACCAUCGACGGAACCCUCGGAGUUGCCAAGUCCCUCAAAAUGAUGACGGCGAUUCCUGAGGGGGACUUCUUCGAUAUGCCGGAAGUCAACGUCCGUAAGGCGACCGCGUAUCGUCUCGUUCCUCGCGAAAAAGAAGGAUAUAUCAGCGUGGAUGGCGAGCGGAUCCCCUUUGAGGCGUUCCAGGUUGAAAUUCACAAAGGCUUAGGCACGGUCCUGUCAAAGUCGGGACACCUCUACGAGGCAGAGGGACCCAAGCCGUGA